AUGGUCAGAAUUGCUAUCAACGGCUUUGGUAGAAUCGGUAGAUUGGUUUUGAGAGUGGCUUUGUCCAGAAAGAAGAUAGAAGUCGUUGCCAUCAACGAUCCAUUCAUCUCGACGGAGUAUGCUGCCUACAUGUUCAAGUACGACUCGACACAUGGUAGAUAUCCAGGUGAAGUGACCCAUGAUGAAUCGCACAUUAUCGUCGAUGGCCACAAGAUUGCUGUCUACCAAGAGAGAGAUCCAUCCUCUUUGCCUUGGGGUAAGCUAAACGUCGAUAUUGCUGUUGACUCCACUGGUGUGUUCAAAGAAUUGGACACUUGUCAAAAGCACAUUGACGCAGGUGCCAAGAAGGUUGUGAUUACUGCUCCUUCUUCCACCGCCCCAAUGUUCGUUAUGGGUGUGAACGAGGACAAAUACACUCCAGACUUGAAAAUCGUGUCCAACGCUUCGUGUACCACCAAUUGCUUGGCUCCAUUGGCCAAAGUUAUCAACGAUGCUUUCGGUAUCAGAGAAGGCUUGAUGAGCACCGUCCACUCUAUCACUGCCAGUCAGACGACCGUCGACGGUCCAUCGCAAAAAAACUGGAGAGGUGGUAGAACCGCUUCCGAUAACAUCAUCCCAUUCGCCACCGGUGCUGCCAAGGCUGUCGGCAAAGUGUUGCCGGAAUUGAAAGGUAGGUUGACCGGUAUGUCUUUCAGAGUCCCUACUGUUGAUGUUUCCGUCGUUGAUUUGACUGUCAACCUGAAGAGGGAAACCACCUACGAGGAGAUCAAGAAGGUUGUAAAGGCUGCUGCCGAGGGUCCAUUGAAGGGUAUUAUGGGCUACACGGAGGACUCUGUCGUCUCCUCAGACUUCUUGGGCGACUCUCACUCGUCCACUUUCGAUGCCGCUGCUGGUAUCCAAUUGACUCCAACCUUCGUCAAGUUGGUUUCGUGGUACGACAACGAAUACGGUUACUCCACCAGAGUCGUUGACUUGGUUGAGCAUGUUGCCAGUGCUUAA